AACAUAUCAAAACGACCUUUCGUUUAGUAUAAAGAAAUUUAUUUUUGAAGAUUUUUUCGUGGAAUACAAUUUUGUUUUGCAUUUCACAGAUGCUUCUUCGUAAUUAAGAAAAAACGAAAAAAUAAAAAAUUAUUUGCUCCAUCUAAUUGCAAAAGCAAAGCCUUUUCCCUGUUUCCAACUGCAACACCUACGACUUCCAUGUUUUGGGUCGUUAUAUUCUGAAAGCACUUGAUCUCGGCUUCUUCCUCCAAAAAAAUUAUCCGUUGAUGGCAGAAAUCCACGAAGAAUACCAAAACAUGAACCUUUCCUGGAUGUUUUACAUACCGCUGGAGCAACCUGCUGCCUUUAGUGAACCAGGCACGCUUAAUGGCAUUUGUCAUCCAAAAGGAGGACUCAUCUGUGAAAACCACUUGGCUCCAAUCAUCAUCCUACAUGUCAAGCCACCAAUUCUUGACGUUGUUAGUAAAAGAUCAUCGCUGAUAAAACAGUUUCUUAUUUUGUUCAGGCACAUGUAUGCCCUUCUUGAGGUAGCUCUGAAAAUACCGCAAUUUGGCAAGUCGUCCACAUUUUUGCAUACCAAAAACUCAUGGUUUCAAUACUAAACAAGUAAUUUUUAGCAAAAA